AUGGUAGAAACAAAUAUUGAUGAAUGUAAGACAUCAAAUAAUACAUGCCUAAGUGAAAAUAAUUGUCACAACACCGAUGGGUCUUACAAAUGUUUCUGUCCUAAGGGGCAAUCCGGAGAUGGAACAAAGAACGGAGGGUGCCACCGACGAGAUAUAGUUACCCAGGUUGUCAUUGGAACAGGUGCAGGAUUCAUACUUCUAAUUGUGGGAAUUUCCUCGCUGUACUUAAUAUACGAGAAAAGGAAACUCGUCAAACUGAAGGAGAAGUUCUUUAAGCAAAAUGGGGGUAUCAUUUUGCAACAGCGACUCUCUGCAGGAGAAAACACUUCUCAAUCUACUACAGUGUUCUCAGCAGAGGAACUUAAGAAGGCCACCAACAAUUAUGAUGAGAGCAUAAUCAUCGGCAGAGGAGGUUAUGGUACAGUUUACAAAGGAGUUUUGUCAGAUAAGAGGAUUGUUGCCAUCAAGAAGUCCAAAAUUGUGGAUCAGAGCCAAAUUGAACAAUUCAUAAACGAGGUGAUUGUGCUAUCACAAAUUAAUCAUAGGAAUGUGGUCAAACUCUUGGGUUGUUGUUUAGAGACAGAAGUUCCUUCACUGGUUUAUGAAUUUGUUAACAAUGGUACCCUUUUUGAUUAUAUACACAAAGAAGGCAAGGCAGGUAAUGUACCUUGGAAAACACGUCUAAGGAUAGCAGCAGAGGCUGCAGGGGCUCUAUCAUAUCUGCACUCAGCUGCUUCUAUACCCAUUAUACAUAGAGAUGUAAAGACUGCCAACAUUCUCUUGGAUGAAACUUACACUACUAAAGUGUCUGAUUUUGGAGCUUCAAGAUUGGUUCCUCUUGAUCAAACUGAAUUAGCCACAUUGGUGCAAGGAACUAUUGGUUAUUUGGACCCAGAGUACAUGCAAACAAGCCAACUUACUCAGAAAAGUGAUGUGUAUAGCUUCGGAGUAGUUCUUGUAGAGCUUCUUACAGGGGAGAAACCUCUUUGUUUUGACAGGUCAGAAGAGAAAAGAAGUCUUGCCAUGCACUUUUUAUCUUGCUUGAGAGAGGAUCGCAUGUUUGAGGUUCUUCAAGUUGGAAUUUUGAAUGUAGAAAAUAAGGAAAAGAUCAAGGAGGUUGCUAUUCUUGCAACAAAGUGCUUGAGACUAAGAGGGGAGGAGAGGCCUAGCAUGAAAGAAGUGGCAAUGGAGUUGGAGGGAAUAAGGCUAAUGGAAAAGCAUCCAUGGAUCAACACAGACGUGAAUCUAGAGGAGACUCAUUACUUGCUUCAUGAGGCAUCAUCUAGCAUUCAUGAACAUGGUGAUAGCAGCAGCCAUCAAAAUACUGGGUAUGACGGCAUCAAGGAUCAUGUACUCAUUGACUUCGAUGACCGAAGAUGA